UGGUUAUAUUUAGUUCAAUGAGGAGUUGGCUCAAAAGUGAGAAGAUAUAGAUUCACCAUUCAAUUAAUUGAGUUACAGAUAAGGGAAAUAAGUAAAUGAAUGGCAAAAGAGGAAAGGCUCAAACCCAAAAGGUAUGAAAGGAUAAGGGAUCACAUUCAAGAGUUAUACAAUUAUCCGCCUUAACUCGAAGCCAGGUACUGCCAUUGCGUCUUCCUUCCCAUUUCGCCUUCCGAGUUUAGCUUCUUCUUUCCUAGCUUAUCCCUUUCAGACAUGAGGACCUGCUUCUCCUUUUUAUCGGCCCGCCCUCAUUUUCUGGUAUAGUUCCAAGGAGCAUACUUGUAGUUCAAGGGAAUGAUAUCAUUAAGACCAAUUCUGGUGUCAAAGUAUAACCAACCCUACUCUUCGAAAACCUUAAUCACCUGCCAUGUAAAACCCUCCAAGGAAAUGCCUCAAAAGCUUCUGCACUCAAACAUAAGUAGAAGGGUAGGAGUCCUAGCAACAAUGACUCCUUUACUAUUGAUAAGGGAAGAGACUGCAUGUGGGCUUGACCUAAGAAUGGUAGCACCAGAGCAGACGCUUGAAGAGGCAGAAAGUGGAGUUGAGAAUCAUGCAAAAGCUUUGUUGCAAGUGAGAGAUUUGAUAGAGUCCAAGUCUUGGCGUGAGGCGCAGAAGCAGUUAAGGAAGAGUUCAUCAUUGUUGAAGCAGGAUAUUUAUACCAUCAUCCAAGGGAAACCUGGAAGCGAAAGGCCUCCACUCAGGAAGCUUUAUUCUAAUCUCUUCAACAAUGUUACUAAACUAGAUUAUGCAGCGAGGGAUGAAGAUGCAUCACGUGUUUGGCAGUGCUACGACAGCAUUGUCUUAGCUCUCAAUGAUAUUUUGUCGAAACUAUAAUCAAGAGUCAUGUCUUUUUUUCAUCCUUCUUGCGCCAUAAGAGCUAACUUUGUGCUGAUGGAAAUUGUAGACAACAAAAAUAUGACAAUCCAAAUCGGUUUCUGGGCAAUCGAAAUACUACAUAUGCUUGCAACAAUCAUCCAAUAAUCGGGGUUCACGCUAAUCAUUCCCUUGUUAUCCUGAAUUUCAAAGAAUUCUGCCGGAAAACAAGCAUCCAAAGGAACCAUAUUUCCAGAUUGCUUGUGAAUAAGG